CUGCGGAUCGUGUCGCUGCUUCCGUCCGCGACCGAGAUCGUCGGCGCGCUCGGCCUUCGAUCGCAUCUCGUCGGCGUGACGCACGAGUGCGACGUCUGCCCCGACAUCGACGCGACGAUCAAAUCGCACGUCGCCGCGCGUGCGAAUGACGACGGCGGCGCGACGACGACGUCGGAAACGACGCUCCCGCCGCUGUACACCCUCGACGACGGCGCGAUGACCGACCUCAAACCGACCGUGGUUCUCACGCAGAGCUUGUGCGGCGUCUGCGGGAUCACGGAGGGCGACGUCGCGGCGACGGCGACGGCGACCGCCGGCGGCGUCGGCGCGUGCGCCGUCUCCUCCUCGGCGCCGGGAACGCUCGCGGAGGUGGCGGCGUCGAUCGAGUCCAUCGCGCGCGCGUGCGGGGUUCCGUCGCGAGGCCGGCGCGUCCGCGAGCGGUUCGAGCGCGACCUCAGGGAUGUCGAGGCGGCGACACGAAACGGCCGAAAGUCGAGCGUUUUACUGUUGGAAUGGAUCGACCCCGUGUUUGACGGCGGGCACUGGGUGCCGGGCAUGAUCGCCGCCGCCGGCGGCGUCCCGCUGUUGCAAACCCUCGAAGGCGCCAAGAGCGCGGAGCGGAGCUGGGACGACGUCGCGGCCGCGGACCCGGACGUCGUCGUCGUCGCGUGCUGCGGGUUCGACCUCGCUCGCAACGCGAAGGACGCGAGAGACGCGCUGAAGACGACGCCGCGGUUCGCGAGCCUUCGCGCGGUUCGCGACGGACGCGCGUUCGCCGUCGACGGGAACCGGUUCUUCGCGCGGCCGUCGCCCGCGCUCGCGGCCGGAUGCGCGAUCGUGGCGCGGUGCGCGCAC